AUGCGCGCGGCGGCGGUGGCAGCGGGGCAGAGCGCGCGGGCAGCGAUGGCCGGCGGGGAGCAGAGCGGGGCGGGCGACGGCCCCGCUCGGGUGGCGCUGAAGAAGGAGAUCGGGCUGAUCAGCGCCUGUGCCAUCAUCAUCGGUAAUAUCAUUGGUUCUGGGAUCUUUAUUUCACCCAAAGGAGUUUUGGAGCACACUGGCUCAGUAGGACUGGCUCUCAUUGUUUGGGUGCUUGGCGGUGGGGUGGCUGCCCUGGGCUCGCUCUGUUAUGCUGAGCUGGGAGUUACUAUCCCCAAAUCAGGAGGGGACUAUUCCUACGUCACAGAGAUUUUUGGUGGCUUAGCUGGGUUUCUGCUGCUCUGGAGCGCGGUGCUUAUCAUGUACCCCACCAGUCUGGCUGUCAUUGCACUGACCUUCUCAAACUAUGUCCUGCAGCCUGUCUUCCCUAACUGUAUCCCCCCCUAUAAUGCCUCCAGGAUCCUCUCCAUGGUGUGUUUACUUCUCCUGACCUGGGUGAACAGCUCCAGUGUUCGAUGGGCAACACGCAUUCAGGAUAUAUUCACAGCAGGAAAACUCUUAGCCCUGGCCCUUAUCAUUAUUGUGGGCUUCAUACAGAUCUUUAAAGGAAACUACAAAGAGCUGACACCCAGCAACGCGUUCAAUUUUUGGAUGACUCCAACAGUGGGGCAUUUAGCAUUAGCUUUUCUUCAAGGGUCAUUUGCCUUCAGUGGUUGGAACUUCUUGAACUAUGUAACAGAAGAACUGGUUGAUCCCCGCAGGAACCUACCUCGUGCCAUAUUCAUAUCCAUCCCAUUGGUGACAUUUGUGUAUACGUUCACCAACAUUGCAUAUUUCACUGCCAUGUCACCCCAAGAGCUCUUGUCCUCCAACGCUGUGGCGGUAACAUUUGGUGAAAAGUUACUGGGCUAUUUUUCCUGGGUUAUGCCAGUCUCAGUGGCCCUAUCUACAUUUGGAGGAAUAAAUGGAUACCUUUUUACCUCAUCAAGGUUAUGUUUCUCUGGUGCCCGAGAAGGCCACUUGCCAAGCUUGCUUGCCAUGAUCCAUGUCAAGAACUGCACACCCAUCCCUGCGCUGCUUGUCUGUUGUUUGGCCACUCUUAUCAUCAUGCUGGUUGGAGACACAUACACACUAAUCAACUACGUGUCAUUUAUUAACUACCUCUGCUAUGGAGUGACAAUUAUAGGCCUGAUCGUGUUACGCUGGAAGAAGCCCAAAAUCUUCAGACCUAUCAAGGUGAACCUCCUCAUCCCCAUCACCUACCUGGCAUUUUGGGCAUUUCUGCUGAUCUUCAGCUUAUACUCUGAGCCAAUCGUCUGUGGAGUUGGACUCAUCAUCAUUUUAACUGGAGUGCCAGUGUUUUUUCUUGGAGUCUACUGGAGAAAUAAACCAAAGUGUGUAAAUAAGCUAAUAGAGUCCUUGACGUUCUGGGGACAGAAGCUGUGUUUUGUGGUCUACCCUCAGGGGGGAGCUGCCGAGGAGGAGACACCCUCAGCCCGCUCUCUGGGACCAGCAGGAGAGACCACAGCAAAGAAAUAA